GUGCCACAAACAUUGUAAAUAGAGUUAAACAUCUACUGAACCCGGAACAUUCCUUUAAUUAUGAUUAACAAUUAACCUGAACUACUUUUAUUAUUUUGAGCAAUAUAAACAAGUACAAAUCAGGACACUAUAAAAAGAGCAUGAGAGGCUGUGGGAUGACAGAUCAAGAGCUGGACGAGAACAUCAGUGAAGAAUGAAGGCUUUAGUAUGUAUACUGCUGCUGUUGGAAACCUUUGUGUUUGUCGUCCAGCAGCAGGUAGAUGGAGGACUCAAUGAGAAUGAGAAUCCACCUCAAACAGACACUUUGAGAGCUGAAGCUUCAACUGACAGCCAACAAUACUGCCAUCUGUGCUUCCCUGACAUCCAUGCAGCACUGAGAGAACUGACCGCCACCGUUACAGAGCAGAAAGGAAACAUCAGAGCUUUAGAGACACGAUUGAGGGAUGCUGAGCAGGCUGCAGAACAACAGACGUUUAUCCUGGAAAAGUUGAACAAGAAAAAUGAUGACAGAGAGGUAGCGUUUUCAGCCUCACUAAUGAAAUCUGGCGGUGGAUUUAUUGGUCCUUUUACCACUGACUUCACACUAACCUACAGGAACGUCAUCACAAACGUAGGGAACGCCUACAACCCAAUUACAGGUGUUUUCAUAGCACCACUGAAAGGAGUGUACAUGUUCAGAAUCUCUAUCUAUAGUCAUCCUAGUAAAUCAAUAUCAUCAGCUGCCUCCAUCAUGAAGAAUGGAAAGCAGGUGGUUACGGCAUAUGCUCAUCAGCCUCAGGGUGUGGUAAACUCAUCGAAUGGAGCCAUGUUGAUCCUGGAGGUGGGAGAUGUUGUCUAUGUGAAACUUUGGUCUGGCAGAAGGAUACAUGAUAAUGGGAAUAAUCACAACACUUUCAGUGGUUACAUACUGUUUCCCUUAGGAGGAUAGGAGCUUUGCAUAAUUUAAUUUAAAUCAUUCUGAACUUUUAGUGUAUGAUUUAAGAUGGAAAUCAUGAGGAAUCAUUAACAUAUGAACCUGUAUUAAUGAAGACUGAGUGUUUGAAAUUUGCAAUAGGUUAAUGUUUUAAAGUCAGUAUAAUACAUUAUAAUCAUAAGUUCAAAGCUGUCUAUACAUGUAACUUUAUAAAGAAUGUAGUCAUGACAUAUUUUUUACACUCAAAAAACGUUGGGUUGUUUUUCAACCCAUUUUCGGGUCAAAUAUGGACAACCCAACCAUUGGGUUAUCCAUAUUUGACCCGAAAAUGGGUUAUUUUCUGUUCUUGAGAAAAAAUGGCAUUUAAAGUGUGAUCGCGUCACUGUGGCGCGACGAGGGCUCAUGUAAUUUGAAAGCGACUUCAAAUGCACCCUUCAUUUCCCUGUGAAAAUGAAGUGUACAUUUGUGGACAAUUCGUGGUCUACCCUAUCCCAUAAUUCAUUGUGCACCAGUGACAACAGGAGUUCUGUGUGAAUUCACAAUAAAAUGUAGGUAAUCCCUAGUCUGGGCAAACCCAGCCUGAUCUGCCGGCGAUUUGAUUUCGCUCGGCAACUCAGUCUGGAAACCCGUGCAUUCACUUCUGCUG